UCAUAAUGUCUUUCAAUGAUGAUUUUAAGCCAGAGAUUCCAUUUUCGUCAACUAUUUCACCUGAUGCAGACAAUUUUGAGGAGGAGUUACCUUAAUCUUAAGAACAUAUAUAAUUAACUAAAUUUCAGACAAAAAUUUCAAAUGAAAUCGAAGAUAAAAUAAUUUCUUUUUACUACUUAAAUACCGAAUAAAAAGUUCCAAUUUCAAAAAUAGAGUUAUCAAAACAAAUAAACAUUAUUUUAGAAAACAAAUAAUACAUCGCUUCUGACUUAAAUAUUAAAAAUAAUCUUUAAAAAUAAGUAAUCAAUUUAAUUUUAAAGCUAAUAUAUAAAACUACUUAAAAUGAAUUAAUCAAAUCUAUUUUAGAAGAAGAAGCUAGAAAUAUCUACCUUGAUUGGUUCAAAUUAAUAGUAACGACUUAAAAAUUUAAAGAGGGAAAUGAUCAAUUAAAUAAACUUUAUGAGCUUAACAAACAUCCAAAAUAUAUAGCUUGGCUUUAAAAAUAAAAAAAAGAAAAUAAAAAUUUAUUCAUGUUUAACAUUACAUUUUUCAAUGAAUGUUUGAAAAAAGUAUAAUGUUAAAUAAAAAUUCAAAAUUCCACUUAAUUUGAUGAUUUAGAGUAUUAAAUAUAUGCUAUCAAAAAUUAUUUAAAGUUUGUUAAGGGAACAGAAGAAUAAUAACAAGAUAUUGAAUUCCUAGAACUUCAAAUAUGUGCUUUUGAAUAAGUUAUUUUAGAAAUAUUAAAAGAAAAGUUUUCUACGAUUAAAGAAAAGAAAUAAUCUAAAAUAAAAAGAACUGUAAAUUUUAACAAUGAGAAUUUAAUCAAUCUUUUAAAAUAACCAAAAUUUAUGAUGGAAUUUGAUGAUCUACUUUAAAUAUUACAAAGGAAAGAUUAGGAAAUCACUUAUGAAAAGUAAAUACUAAAAUUAGAAACUGAUGAAUAAAUUAAGAAUUUUAAUUUAUGUUUAGAUAAAAAAAAAAAAAAAAUUUUUAAAAUACCACCAUGUUCCAAAAAGGUAAAAUUAAAUUAAAAUAAUUAAUAUGCAAAAGUGUAUUUAAGUCUUGAAUUUCAAGACUAAUAUGAAAAUAAUGAGUCCCAGUUUGAACCAGACGAAUAAUAAUAACAAUAAGUUAAAUCUGAUGAAGAACAAUGAAAAUCAUACAAG